CUUCCAGGGCCUCAACUUAACAAUUUUAGUUUUGAUUUCGAAGGGGUUUCUAACUUAGAAGUACAAUGAGCGUCUCAAGGAGCUCCAAUACAGUGGCCAACCAAGGCGAGUUCCACUCGCGUGAGCCUCGCGAUGAGCCUAUGAUGACUUCAGGGCACAAACCUGGCGUCCUGGCCUCCGAAGCCGACCGCGCCCCCGAAUUCUCCGCACAACCCCUCCCCGCAGGCAGAGCUCCUAAAUCCUCGACUUACGAGCCCAACCCUGACCUCCACAACCAAGGCAUGUACCAGGCCGCGUCUUCUACCCUCACAGGCGCGGAUUCGGCCGACGUGCACACUGGUUAUGGACACCCCGGUCAGGGCCAAUCAUCGGCAGAGCUGCAUCACGAUGGCGAGCAUCAUCGUAAGAGACAGGGCAUGGGGCUUGCAGGGCUAGCAGAGACUGAGAACAAGGGACAGGGAGUUCGUAGACAAGAUCCGGCGUUUGGGAACCAAAGGAAUUUAGGGGAGGGUGUUUCGGUUGGACAGACGGCGGAGGAAAGGAUUCCUGAAGGGGCCGAGAGUGUGGCGGCAGGGAGGAAAUAGAUCUGUGCUGAAGUCGUGUUUGAGAGUGCGAAUUUUAGUCGAGAAUCGUCCAGAUAUUGGGAGGAGUUUUG